CACCAGUAGCCCCUCCUUCCCUGAGUAUACACGGACCAGAGCCCGCGGUUUCGGGUGAAGAUACGUGAAUUAUAUGACAGACGAACUGCAAGUUGAUAGGCUCUGAAUAGAAACUUUUCAUUAAUACAUUUAAUACAAUAAGUGUAGAGCAGUGAUGGACGGCUCAGCCAGUGGUUCCAGUCCGCACAGGUCUGAGUAUGAUGGAAGCUCCUGUGGGGCACAUCAGCAGCUAGAAGAUCCUCAGCGUGAGCGGCGCCGCCUCCUGCAGGCUCGUCACCGGGCAACCCUCGCAGGGCUGUUUGACAACCUGAGGGAAGUGGUCUGCCCCAUCGCGAACAAGGCACCCACAAAGUGGCAGGUUCUGCGCAGAGCAGCGAGUUACAUGCAGCAGCAGGAGAGACGGCUCAGCAGGUUACUGAAGCUGAAAGAGGUGUUCCAGCUGAAUGAUGGGGGUCCAUGCAGUUUGGAGGAAGUGAGACAGGAGUACAUGAGUCUGUAUUCUGACUGCAGCCCUAAAUCCACAGUAAAGCUGGUUAUUGAAAAGGGUUCUGCCACAGCAGAUCUGCUGAGGAACGAUGACAAGGAAAUCUUGGACAGCAAUGGGGAUGUGACCCCCUCUCAGUCCCCAAUCUCCUCUCCCUCCAUCAUAGAGUUUGAGGGUUACCUGUACUUCUACAAGCAGACACUGGACCUGCUGGUGAGGAAAGGGGUUCUGACUCCGGAGCAGACCGACCUCCCGGUUGUGUCAGAGGCCAUUUCAGGGCUGUGGGGGACCCUGCCGGGGGACAGGAAGGCCAUUUUCCAGAGCUGCAGCCAGGAGCAGACCCCCUCCACUUGGCAAAGCUCCGACAUGGCGCUCCCUCACUGUGAGGGGCAGCUUGACUCCUCAGAGAUCAAGAGCCAGGGGGCCUCAGGAUCCUCAGGAUCGACCUUCGAGGAGGAGCUGUUACAGGACGCUUAUGACGUGGUUCAGAAGGAAAUGGCUUCCGUCUCUGGAGACAGCCCAGUGUUUGGUUCCAGAAAUCGUAAAACGAUUGAGGAGCUGACUGAGCUUUACAGACAGAUUCUAGGUUUUGUAAAGUCCAGGUUGCAUAUGGAGCCUGAUGUCUCCCAGGAGCUCUCCUUGUAUGUGGACUACGAGACCGUUUUUCUCAGAUGCACAGAAACAUUUGAUGAUGAAGACCUUUGAAUCUCUGUGAAACAAGCUUUAUUAAUAGUUUGAGUAAAAAGCUGUAGAUGUAAUUGUAAUGUUUGUUUUACCUAAUAGUUUUCCUUUUACGAUGUGUUUAGUCAUUCUGACACUUAUGCUAGGUUUGUAUCUGCCACAGAGACUGAUUUAAAAGUGAUUUUAAAUCAGACCUAAUUUCCAUUAGGAGCAGAUCGAGAUCAAAUGAUUAAAUUGGCCCCAGGAUUGCAGUGUGGCAGAACUCGAUCUCUCCAACACGCGCUGAUGGUGGAAGUUACAUAAUUAACAUCCAAUGCUAAUGACACAAGAGGCAGGUUUUAAACCUCAGCCUGUAGAGGAAAGAUAUAUUGGUCGAAUGUGAUGGCUGUGGAUAAAUGAUACUGUCAUGGAAUUAUUGGAGGUUGGUGAAUUCAUUUACAUAGCAAUUAUACAAAAACGUUAUAAAUUCUGGUUUCAAGGUGUAGAUGAAAAUGUGGCAUGUUACUCCAUAUUGUAUGGUUAUCUCCAACAAGCUUGAGAAAAACCCAUUGGAAGCGGUCAACUACCUUUGUUUCCUCAUUCUAAAAUGUUAUGGAAUUCUGUGACUAACUUUACU